AGUCCUGGAGAGAUGCUGUACAAUAUCAUUAUUAAGUGGAAACAUUGGGUACCCUCGCCGUGAAGACCAGUUGAAUACAUACCAUUUUAUAAUGUAGAAAGGAUGUUCUAUAACAACGAUAACCAGCUGUUUGUGAAACGAUCUGAAUGGGGAGGUAAGCAACCUCGUAAAGCAGCCGAAAAAUUACGAGUUUACCCACCAGAGAAAGUGGUAAUUAUUCCCACGGCGACAAAAUUCUGCAAGACUAAAUUUGAGUGCAGUCGGAUAGUAUCUAAUAUCCAGGAAUAUCACAUGAUCAAGCUGAACUUUGAUGACAUCGGCUACAACUUCCUUAUAGGAGACGAUGGUCGGAUAUAUGCGGUACGGGACUGGGGGGUCAUCGGUCAUCAUACUCAUGGCCAGAACAACGUCAGUAUCGGUGUUGCUUUCAUUGGAAAUUACCAGUAUCGAAGCCCAAUACCUCGGCAGGUUGAAGCUCUACAGACACUUUUCGACAUGGGACUUCAGAAAAAAGAGCUUGCCGAGAAUUACAGAGUUAUGGGUCUCAGGCAAGUGAAGGCAGGCGCCUUUAGUCCUGGUAAUGGGCUGUACAACGUCAUGAAAAAAUGGCAACGCUGGUCUCCCAUUAACUAGUAUCAAGACUCUACUAAUAAAAAUGUACCAAAAAUGUAUACAAAUAUAAGUAUGUACAAUUACAUCAUAUGAGGCUAGAAUAGGAAAAAGAAAUGGAUUUUUAAAUUCAUUUGAUUGAGCAAAAGCUGAGCUGUAAGUGUAUACAAAGGCACAUACAUCUAUGGGGAGCUUUUCUAAAAACACGUAAUUCAAAGCACCAACACCUUUGAAGAAAUGUGCCUUGAAAUGGCACGGUCUACCGAAACUUAAUUCGACAGGCCAGUAAGGCGAAAUAAUAACUCUUGAUGUGGAGUAAAGUAUUUAUAUUUUCUCUGGUAUAUAAGGUAAUCUGUAGCUGUCGAGCGUUCGAGAGAGACUGAUGCUUCGAGAUUUUGCUGUCCUCGGUCUGCUGGGGGUAGUUUUGGAGAGGGAAAGUUUUGCUUGCUAGAAUAUCGGAGGGAAAUGCAUUUUAAUUGGCGGAACGGUUUAGGAGGAGGAGUUUUGGGCCUGAAGGAGUGUGCGUGCGGGUUUUUCCGAAGUCUUCCAAAAAAGUGUCCAGAUGUGGGCUUGAGUCGCGCGCGGGGCGCGCGUAGUUGG